UGAGAUCUCCAUAAUCACAACAAGCAAGCGCACAUGCAUGACGAGAUGAGAUAUAUCUGCCAUGCCAUCGACCCGCGCUCUCUCAAGCUCUCGGUGCCAUGGAUUCUCCUCAUGACGACGGCUUUGCGUCGGAGAUGGCGGAGCUGCCGCUGGAGACGCGGUACCCGCCCUUCGCGCUGCGCCAGUACGCUGGCUUCUGGCUGCCGGAGCGGACGCUGGCGCGCGGCCUCCCGGCGGCACGCGACCGGUUCGCGCCGAGGCCGGACGACGUGCUCCUCGCCAGCUUCCCCAAGUCCGGCACCACCUGGCUCAAGGCCCUCGCCUUCGCCACCGCGCGCCGCGCCGCGCACCCACCGUCCGCCCACGACCACCCGCUGCGGCAGCGCAACCCGCACGACUGCGUCCCGUUCCUCGGCAUCGGCUUCGCCCUUGACAAGGACGUCGAGCUGGAGGCGCUCCCUUCCCCGCGCGUGCUCGCCACGCACCUGCCCUUCUCCCUCCUCCCCACUGGUCGGAGCCGGGUCGUGUACGUCUGCCGGGACCCCAAGGACGUGCUUGUCUCCUGCUGGCUCUUCACUAGGAAGGUGUCAGAGAGCGUCGGCGUCGACGCGGAGUCCUUCUCGCUCCGGGAGGCCAUGGAGCUCUUCUGUGCGGGACGCUGCAUGUACGGCCCGCAAUGGCUGCACGUCGCCGAGUACUGGGAGGCGAGUCGCCGGGCCGCUGGUGAGGUGCUGUUCCUCAGGUACGAGGAGAUGCUCCGCGACCCCGUGGGGAGCCUGAGGACGAUGGCGGAGUUCAUGGGGUGCGCCUUCUCCCCGGAGGAGGAGGAGCGCGGGGUCGCGCGAGCCAUAGUGGAGCUGUGUAGCCUGGACAAGCUCAAGAAAGUGGAGGCCAACAGGAAGGGGCGGACGGCAGCAGGCAUCAAGGCCGACGCCUACUUCCGGAAGGGGGUGGCCGGGGAUUGGAGCAGCCACAUGACGCCGGAGAUGGGGAAGAUGGUGGACGAGGCCGUGGAGGACGGGCUCCAAGGGUCUGGUUUUAGCUUCACCGACUCAACUCCGGCCAACCCUGAAUUUUGUCCAGAUGCAUGAAAAAUGACGAGUCGAGGCCAACAAUCCCAGAUCCUCCCCGGCCGGCACCAGCUCUUGGCGACUAGCCUCGUCGGCGGCAAUGACUCCUGCUGUGUGCUUUUUUUUUCUUUUCCUUUUUGGUUCAAUAAUGCUCGUGUCCUUGUGUUUGUGUUCAAUAAUGCUUGUGUCCUUUUAUGUUGAGUCCGGUGAUGCAAGUGUGAUGCGCUUGCUUUUUUUUAGGGGAAAACAUUGCCAAUUUAUUCA